AUGGGCCAUACAACCCCACACGCGGACUCGCAUGCGCAGGAGGCGGCUCCGGCUUACGAAGAUCUGUACGAGCAGCCCCCUUCAAAUCAAGCUACUGGGUACUCCCACAUCCCCACCGCGGAGGAACCAUACGAUAUCGAGCAUCAGGGACAUCACCAUCAUCACGGACAUCACCAUCACGAACAAGAUGGUCAAGGGCACGAGCACCAGGGACACGAACAUAACCCGGCCAGCGUCAAUGCAACUGCACUUCACCUUACCACUAAUAGCGGGGCGCCAGUGCACUUCCACUGCGAGGAAUGUGAUCGCCGACAAGAGCGUCGCGAGCGGAGGAAGAGUAAUCAGAACUGUUGCAUGAUGGUGUCGGCGACAUUUAUCAUUAUCACCUUCUUGCUUAGUGUUUUUGUGUUUCGGAUGGUCGCGGAACUUCAUAAGAAGGGGAAUGGCAAGAAUUCACGAGACUUUCCUGGGGAGAUUCAUAUCUUGGGGGCCUAG